CAGCGGGCCGGGCUAGAAUCUGCGGUCUCAAGUCCUCAGGGCCCUGCGCGUCCUCUCCCUCGCUCCAGGCGCCGGCCUGCCCUCACCCCGAGUUCGGCCCACGGCGCCCGACGCCCUAGCGGAGCGGGCGGGGGCGGCCCGCAGGCCCCUCCCCGGCGCCCAACGGCAGCCGCGCAAGCUGCGGAGGAGGCGGGAGCGCCCAGGCCGCUGCGCUCAUGGCGUCGCCCGGAAGUGGAAUUACUGGUCAAAGGGCAUUCAGAUCUGGGAGAAGUGGCCCCAGAAGUAAAAGCUUCAGACAGCCAAACAUCCGUGGCAAUUGCAGAUUUGGAAUGGAGAGAAAUGGAAGGAGAUGACUGCGGGUUCCACUAUGGAGAUGGUGCAAACGAGGCUCAGGAUAGUGACUUCCCGACAGUGGAGAGAAGCAGGUUUCAGGAAAUGCUGUCCUUGUUGGGACUGGAGACAUACCAGGCACAGAAGCUCACCCUCCAGGACUCCCUGCAGAUCAGUUUUGACAGCAUGAAGAACUGGGCUCCUCAGGUUCCCAAGGACCUUCCCUGGCAUUUCCUCAGGAAGCUGCAGGCCCUUAAUUCUGAAGCCAGGAACACCACUAUGGUGCUGGAUAUGCCUCCAGAUGCCUGGCCUGCAGAGAAAGAGAGCCAGAUGGAGGAGGAGAUGAUCUACUGGGACCCGGCUGAGGACAUGGCUGCAGACGACAUCUACUCCUUCUCUGAGCUGCCCAUGCCCGACACACCUGUGAACCCCCUGGACCUUCUCUGUGCCCUCCUGCUAUCUUCAGACACCUUUCUGCAGCAGGAGGUCCUACUCAAGAUGUCCCUCUGCCAGUUCGCACUCCCGCUUGUAUUGCCUGAUUCAGAAAACCACUACCACACUUUUCUCCUCUGGGCCCUGCGGGGCGUUGUGCGGACGUGCUGUUUCCAGCCCCCACGGGGCCUUGGAAGUUUUCGAGAAGAUAGCGUGGUCCUGUCCAGGGUGCCCACCUUUGCCUUCGUGCGCAUGGAUGUCAGCAGCAACUCCAAGUCCCAGCUGCUCAAUGCCAUCCUCAGCCCAGCUCGCCGGCAGUGGGACUGCUUCUGGCAUCGGGACCUCAAUUUAGGCACCAAUUCUCGAGAGAUUGCGGAUGGGUUGGUAGAAAUUUCCUGGUUUUUCCCCAGUGGUAAGGAGGACCUGGAUGUUUUCCCAGAGCCUAUGGCCUUUCUGAACUUGAGAGGUGACAUUGGGUCUCACUGGCUGCAGUUCAAGCUCUUGACAGAAGUCUCCUCUGCUGUGUUUAUUCUGACUGACAACAUCAGUAAGAAGGAAUACAAACUGCUGUACUCCAUGAAGGAGUCAACCACAAAGUACUACUUCAUUCUGAGCCCCUACCGAGGGAAACGGAACACAAACCUGCGCUUCCUCAACAGGCUGAUUCCCGUGUUGAAGAUAGACCACUCUCAUGUCCUCGUGAAGGUCAGCAGCACCGACAACGAGGGCUUUGUGAGGCGGAUCCGAGCGAUUAUCUGCAGUGUGGCGCGCUCUCCCUGCAGGAGGCUGUCUGUGGAGGACAUGGCACACGCGGCACGGAAGUUAGGCCUCAGAAUUGACGAGGACUUGGAGGAGUGUCAGAAGGCGAAGGAGCGGAUGGAGAAGAUUAUCAGGAAGAUCAAGGAUGUGGAUGCCUACAAGAGAGACGAGCUGAGGCUGCAGGGAGACCCUGCAAGGAAGGCAGCCCAAGUCGAAAGGGAGUUCUGCCAGCUCCAGUGGGUCUCGGAACCCCCAGAGAAGCACCGGGCUGAGCUGAGACGUCGGGUCCUGGAGCUCCGCGUGCAGCAGAAUGGCCAGGAGCCCACCUCAGGGGUACAGGAGUUCAUUCUGGGGAUAAGCAGCCCCUCCCUGGGUGAGAGGCAGUACUUCCUGAGGUGGAUGGAGUGGGGGUUAGCUCGACUAGGCUCGCCACGGCCAAGACAGCCUCCAGAGACGCUUCUCACCCUGAGACCAAAACUUGGUGGGGCCUCAGACUUGAAUGAGCCCUACUGGCCUGAGCCCUUGGGAGUGGAGCACUUCCUGCGGGAGAUGGGGCAGUUCUAUGAGGCCGAGAGCUGCCUGGUGGAGGCAGGGAGGCUGCCUGCUGGCCAGAGGCGCUUUGCCCACUUCCCAGGCCUGGCUGUGGAACUGCUGCUGGGUGGGCUGCCGCUGGAGCUGGUCGAUGGGGCCACCCUGAGCAUCCCUGUUCGCUGGGUCACUGGGCUUCUCAAGGAGCUGCAUGUCCGCCUAGACAGGAGAUCUCGACUAGUGGUUCUCUCUGCGCUGGGGGUGCCAGGCACAGGGAAAUCUACACUCCUUAACACCAUGUUUGGCCUGCGGUUUGCCACAGGGAGGAGUUGCAGUCCCCGGGGAUCCUUCAUGCAGCUCCUCCCUGUAGCUGAGGGCUUCAGCCAGGACUUGGGCUGUGACCAGAUCCUGGUCAUAGACUCUGGGGGUUUGAUCAGUGGGGCCUUGCCCUCUGCUGGAGACAGGUUCGAACUGGAGGCUUCCUUGGCCACGCUGCUAAUGGGGCUAAGCAAUGUCACUGUGGUCAGUUUAGCUGAAAUGAAGGACAUUCCACCAGCUAUUCUUCAUGCUUUUCUAAGGCUAGAAAAAACAGGGCACAUGCCCAACUAUCAGUUUGUCUACCAGAACCUUCAUGACCUCUCUGUCCCUAGCCCCAAGCCAAGAGACAGGAGGCAGCUCCUGGAUCCGCCCAGCGACCUGGGCAGGGCUGCUACCCACAUGGAGAAGCAGGGUAGCAGCUUCCGGACACUGGCAGGCCUGGCCGAGAGGCAGCAUGUCUGGCACAUCCCAGCCCUGUGGCAUGGAGCACCCCCCAUGGCCGCUGUGAGCCUGGGCUACAGUGAGGCCAUCUUUGAAUUGAAGAGAUGCCUGCUAGAAAACAUCAGGAAUGGCUUGUCCAACCAAAACCAAAACAUUCAGCAGCUCAUCGAGCUGGUGCGGAGGCUGUGAAUGUCAUGAGGGUAGGGCCUCCUGCUGUGGCCUGUUGGGCCAGCAGCCAGCAAGGCUGUGUUUGGCACCCGAGGGUUGGCUGGUGCUUGCUGCACCUGAGAAGGAAGACAGGAGUUAAGGGCCUCUUCACAGUGUUAAGAAGCAGUCUCAGACUGGCUCAGAAAUAUUGAGAAUAGAGGCCCAGUGUGGGGUGAUCCAAGCAGUGGCGUUCUCUGUCCCUAACCCAUGUCGAGGCUCCUGGGAGUUGGCCCAACUUUGGGUAGCUGUUCCUUCACUGGUCCCUGGAAUUAGGGAACAGCUCCCUUAGUCACAGCAGGUGCUGGCAGACAGGGAUGUUGCGGUUGUUCUGAAGAAGCAAAAGAGGCUUUGCUUCCAUUCAGUCCACCGGUCCUUUGUGGACCAGCCUUCAAGGUUUCGGUGAUGUGGCACCGAAGUGUAAGGCACUGCCAUGGCACUGAGCUUACGUACUGGUGUGUGAAGCGCUCCCUGACCCUUGCCCAGGAAGUGUUCGUCAGUCACCCUUUUGUGCUCCAGCACUUUGUCACACUUUCUCCUCAACACUUCAUGGCACAUUGUCACUUGUGUGUUUACUGUCUGCCCCUCGACUGUGAGCUGCUUGAGGGCAGGACCUAAGCACCAUACAGCUCUGGGUCUCUAGGACCUGGCACACAUAGGCGCUUAAUAAAUGUUUGUUGAACUAAUGAAUUGAAUGAAUGCUCCAAUGAUAGUAGCGUGUAGGUUUUGCCUCUUUGUGCCUUCCUUGUCCUUGUGCUCAGGACAACCUUUCCCUGAGGAGGGGUCUGGGAGCAGGCUGUUGCCUGGGGAUAAUGCCAUCAUAGUAACUUUUCAGCACUUUAGUCCCUGCCCCAUGUGCGGUUGACAGUAGGAAGUCCCAGACUGCCGUCCCUGCAUGGCAGACAUGAGUAGAGAGGACCUGCUUGCUGUGCAUUUAAUCCUUCCCCAGCAUUCUGACCUCUCUCCUCAGCAAAGUAGCCACCCUGUGAGGGACGGCCUGGAGCUCGUCCUCUCUGAUUCUUCAGCUGGAAAAUCAGCCGUUACCCCACUGAGUUUCAGAGCCCCACUCCCCUACAACUCAGGCCUAAGAGCUUCUGCUUAACUGUGCCUUGCUGCGGAGGCUUUGGGAUUUCUUUUGCUUGUUUAUUGUCAGAAGUCAGGCAGUGGCCUGAGAGCCUCCCCUGUGUCUUGUCCCUUGAUCCGGUGGUGGGUCUGGACAUGUGGGCAGAGGGAAGCGGUCCUGAACCGUGGCACACUGCUAUCAGACCCAGUUAGGAAAAGGGGACUCUGGCUCUCAGACCUCCAAACUUUGACCUGCCCAGAGCAUUAAGAUGACCGUACUGUGCUGAUUCAGUUGGAAGUAACAAACCUUUCUUUACCUUAAGAUUCACGUCUGCCAGCUGGGCGUGGUGGUGCACACUUUUAAUCCCAAUACUUAGGAGGCAGAAGCAGGUGGAUCUCUGUGAGUUUGAGGCUAGCCUGGUCUACAGAGCUAGUUCUAGGACAGCCAGGGCUACAAAAAAACAAACAAAAUCCAACCAGUAAGUAACAAUAAAAACAACAAAAACACCCUCUCCCUUUUCCUACCAGAUCUACAGAAACUUCCCUGGCACCUUCCCGCACUGCAGAAAUUUCACCCAGCGUUCCUAGCACCAAAUUUACACUGAAGCACAAGAAAUAGCUCUCAGAAUUGUUGCGGGCAGAGGGCCUGUGCGGUAGCUCACAGGGCACAGGCACUUGCGGCAAAGCAUGGCAACUUGGAUUCAAUCCCCAGAACACACGUAAAACUGGAGGAGAGAACCCUCCAUAAAGUCCCCUGACCUCCACACGUCAUGCCAUGCCAUGCCACCCUCCCCGGUAUGCACAUCACACAUGCUAAUAAUAAAGCUAGGGUAUCCACCUUCAGAGUCACACUCUUUCUUUUCUUUCUUUUUUCGAGACAGGGUUUCUCUGUAACUUUGGAGCCUGUCCUGGAACUAGCUCUUGUAGACCAGGCUGGCCUCAAACUCACAGAGAUGCGCCUGCCUCUGCCUCCCGAGUGCUGGGAUUAAAGGUGUGUGUCACCACUGCCGAGUCAAGAGUCCCACACUUAGAAGUUCAAAAUUGUUGAAUUUCAACCAGUAUCCUUAAAGAUGGUGUCAUAUUGUUCCUAAAAUCUGAGACAAGGAAGUCAGGAUUGAUGACAGCUGAGAAAGAUUCUUUAGCUGGGGUUACUGGUGCGUAGUGUUUGAGAGACAAGGAUUUUCAAAGCCCAGGGUCAGUCUGGGUUAUACAGCAAGACCCCCAUCUCCAAGAAUAUAAAGGUGUAUACAGCAAGACCCCCCAUCUUCAGGAACAUAAAAGGUGUGUUUUACAUGAAGUCUGUCCAUAGCCUAGAAAUAAAAUUCAAUCUGGAUUCCUAAGAUUUAUAUAUAUGCAGAGAGUUUUUAGUUUUAUAACUUUGAUUAGAGUUUCAAAGGGACAGGGUAUGGGGGUUACAUAUCUGUAUUCUGAGCAUUUGGGAAACUGAGGGAAGAGAAUGGUUCAAGACCAGCUUGCGUACAUGGUGAGAUCCUAUCUAAAAAUACCUCGACCACUCAAGAGGCAGAGGCAGGUAGAUCCCUGUAAGUUCAAGGUCAGUCUGGUCUACAUAGUGAGCUCUGGACCCUGUCUCAAAACAAACCAAAAGGCUAAAUAACAUUAAACGUCUUAAUAAAGUUACUCCAUCUAUCAUCAGGACCCAGCUGCUUUAUGUGUCAAACCUGGACAACAAAUUAGUCUUGGUGAGGCAUUCAGGGGGCUCCCCUGCAAACAGGACAUGUUAGAACUCUGUGAUGUUAGCUAAGCCAAGAGAGACCAUCGGAACAGAAGAGGUCAGCCUGAGCUGGCUGACUUCAGGAAGUCACUUGCCCGCUCCUCAUGCCUAUUUGAAGGGCUAACAUUUCUAGCCCAAGACCUAGGAGAGGUUUUCAGGACUGCUUGCUCUUGACAGUCAAACUUCAGCUGGACCCCGAGUAAUUUCCCGGACUUGGGCAGCGGGCUGUUCAGCCUUCCUAAGUGCCCUUCGCUCAGAUGUCAGGGGAGAGCAUUCUCGGGGCCCUGGAGCUGAAGUUAGGUGUGGUUGUGGUGUGUGCUAAACCGUGCCUCCACAGGAAGAAUGAGGUAGGAGGCUGCACAGGCUUCCUGUGCUGCUGCUUUCUGCUUUAGCUUGUGGGCUUCAGUGGUUGACUUCUCAGGAAAAGUGCCGGGUUCUUGUUUACUGACUGGGUAAGAGGAGUUACCAGGAAGCAGGUUUACAAAGUGAGUGUCAGACCCUCUGAAUUGAUUUCACUAAGUGGUAAAGAACACCCAAGGCUGGAUUGCAUGGUUUGGGAGGCCAAGGCGAAAUGACCAUGAACUAGAGACCAGAUAGGGCUCCACGGGAAAGUGAGAAAGACACCUUUCUAAACUCUCGUGACGCCUUGUAUUCUUGGCUGGACUGUUGCUCGUGCAGAAAGUCAUCCCACAGCUCAGCCUUUGAACACUGUUGCUUAUGCAGGGACAGACAGAUCAUUUUUAAGACAUCUGGACUGCAGCUAGGGUCUUCCUCCACCCGGUGGACUGGGCAGAAAAGUGCCAUGGUCUUUCCCUCAGAAAGGUCUGCAGAUAGCGGUUUGGGGCAUCCUCCCCAAAAGAUGAGUUAAGACACUAGUUCAUGGGCUGGAGAGAUGGCUCUGUGGUCAGGAGUGCUUGCUGCUGCAGAGAAUUCGGGUUCUGUUCCAGCACUUACAUGGUGGCUCAUAAGUGAUGCCCUUUUCUGGCCUCCCACGCAGCACCAGGCACAAAUACAUACAUGCAGGCAAUAAUCACACACAUAAUCAUCAUCAUCAUCCCAAACUAGUUCACAACUCCACUGCAAACUGUAAUCUCUGAGGGGAUUUCAAAAGGAACAUGCACCUGCUUUCUCACGGAGAUGAGGCUGGUUGGGCUCUGUCUUCUGAGCGCAUAGGCUACUGGUUGUCAUGCGAAGAACAAGAACUCAUAUCAGAAAGCAAUGCACCCUUCCAGUGUGGCCUUGAGCCUGGAGGGGUAUUGUGGCCAUUCAUGUGGGGAUUGCUCCUAACUGAAGCUGCUCCCUACCCAGCAGCCACUUACCUAGCCCCAAAGGCUGGGGUCACCCCCUCAUACUAGCAUGGUUCUGAAUUUUCACCGUACCAAAAGUGAACUCCAGAUACGUCAAGAGCGCAGGUUCUGAACAAGGCCUGCACCUGGCUACUAUGUGAGUCUGGAGCCUCUACCGUCUCAUUUGUAAAGCUUGGAGAUACUUCAGCAUGAUGUCUGGGACGACAGAGUGCAUUAACACAAGUGCAUGCUGUAGAAGAAAUAUCUCCCUUAGAAAGUCCCCGCCUGGAGUGGGGAGAUGGCUCAGUGGUUAAGUGCACUUUCUUCUCUCCCAGAGGCCCUGCACUCAUAGCGUCCAUACCAGGCAGCUCACAAGUCCCUAGCUCCAGGGGACCCUACACGCUCUUCUGGCUUUCACGGCACCUGCACACACUGGACAUAGACUCACAGACAGCACACACAAAUGUUAAAAAUGAAAUUUCCACUGGUUGGGCUGGGGAAAUGGCCCAGGAGGUAAAGUGUUGGCUGUGCAUGAGGAUCAGAACUGGGAGACCUAAAAUCCUCAGAAAAGCUUGUCAUCCCACUGCUUAAGGGAGGGAGGCGGGCCUGGCUUGGUGAUGCAUGAUGCAGAGGCAGAUUGCUUCUGUAGGCCAGUUAGAGCUUCACAUCUCAUACAACAACAAGACAAAAGGGAAAGACAGGAGCCCUGGAGCAAGCCGCCAGGCUAGACUAGCUGAAUUGGUGAGGUCUGCAGAGGCUCUGUGGGAGCCCGGGCUUCAGUUAAUACAGUGAGGGGUGAUGGAGGAAGCCUCCCCAGCAUGCUUCUGUCUCUAAUAGAACACACUUAACUGCUUGGACGGGAGCCGACAGACUGGUCGCUCUGCCUCUGCCUCGCGGUCAUCGAGGACACUAACCAUCUAUUUCCCACCCCGGAGGGCCAAUCCUUUUCCCUCAGAAAACACCGGUGUGCGAACCCCACCAGUUGACCCAGGCAUAUCCCAAACAGCCAAAUGUGGUUAGUUUCACACAGUUGAGGCGGACAGAACCAAUUCCAGCUGCCAGUCAUUAAAUGCUCUCUUCUGUGUACACAAUAGCCUUGAACUCAAAGCAGUCCUGCUUCAGCCUCCCAAGUGCUGGGAUUAUAGGAGUAAGCCAUCAUGCCUGACUAUUAAAAACCUUCCUCAUCCUAACAGCUCAAAGAAGUGGUUAUUUUUUAAAUUUUUAUAUAUGUGUGCAUGUGUGUGCGUGCUAACU